CCCUUCUCCCCCAAAUCAACGAAUACAACCUGCACAAUGGCAGACAAGUCCAAGAUCGCAGUUCUCGACACCUCCCUCAUCGACCGCCUCCCCGUCUCCUCCAAAACCCUCUUCGACGCCAAAGCAGCCAAAUCCCUAACCUUCGAAUCGAUCGCCCAACAACUCGGCCGCAGCGAGGUCGCAGUCGCAGCCCUCUUCUACGGCCAAGCGCAGGCCUCGCCCGAAGACGUCACCAAGCUCUCCUCGAUCCUCGGCGUCCCCGAAGCAACGCUCGCAGAGCAACUGCUGGGCUUCCCGGACCGCGGGCGAGCGGGCCCCAUGCCCCCGGUCGAGCCGCUGAUCUACCGCCUGUACGAGAUUGUGCAGAAUUACGGGUAUGCGUACAAGGCGGUGCUGAACGAGAAGUUUGGCGAUGGGAUCAUGAGCGCGAUUGCCUUCUCGACGAAGGUGGAGAAGGAGGUGGAUGAGGCUGGGACUACCUGGGCGGUUAUCACGCUGAGGGGGAAGUGGCUUCCGUUCACGAGAUUCUAGAUGCAUAUAUGGGUACGGGUAUGGGAUUGGGAUGGGACGGGAUGGGAAGGAUUGGCAUCAAAUUGGAGGUGAAUAUGGAAUACGGAAUUAAAAAUCGUUACUUGGUGGAUACAUUGGUCUGGCUGCAUAUUAAUCAAGAAGAGCGAGCUGAAAUUCUAGCAUCACGUUCGCUCUGGUCAAUUCUCUUAUUGUCGUAAUGUCCUUUGGGUUUCUUCGUCUCUCGCAGCAUGGGAGAAGUAUCAGCAGGCAAAUGCUUGCUCUUCCUCUUCUCUUCAACCAAGUUCACCAUUUUAAUCAAUUCAAAUUGCCAAAAGCU